AUGCAGACUACAAGUCUCUCCCAAUUCAACAUUCCAUCACCUCCCCCUAAAACCACCAUACUCCAUCGCAAAACCACCUCAUCACGGAGGUUAUCUCCGAUCUUUGCAGUGGCUUCAACCACAGCUCCUCCAUCACGCCACCAGGUUACUCACUCAAUGCCACCGGAAAAAAUUGAAAUCUUUAAGUCAUUAGAAUCUUGGGUUUCCGAAAAUAUCCUCCCACUCCGCAAGCCCGUAGAGAAAUGUUGGCAGCCAAUUGAAUUUCUUCCCGAUCCAUCUCAAGGGCCCGAUGUAUUCGUGGAAGAAGUUCGGGCCCUAAGGCAGCGUGUUUUAGGGCUUUCGGAUGAGUAUUUGGUUAUGCUUGUGGGUAAUAUGCUAACUGAGGAUGCCUUGCCUACCUAUCAGACUUUCAUUAAUACGUUUGAUGGAGUACGCGAUGAGACUGCAUCGAGCCCAUGUCCAUGGGCAAUUUGGACUCGAGCAUGGUCCGCUGAGGAAAAUCGACAUGGUGAUUUGCUACGGACGUACCUUUAUCUUUCAGGGAGAGUCGAUAUGUUGAUGGUUGAGAAAACACUUCAGUACUCUAUUGGAGCUGGAAGUGAUGUUGGAGCAGAGAACAAUGCAUAUAUGGGCUUUGUGUACAUCAUUUCAAGAGCGAGCAACAUUUCUAACACAGGUAAUAUGGCUAGGCUAGCUAUAAAAGAUGGAGAUCCCGUGCUAGCGCGUAUAUGUGGAACCAUUGCAGCGGAUGAGAAGCGACAUGAGAAUGCCUACACAAGAAUUAUUGAGAAGUUACUAGAAGUAGACCCAAAUACGACUAUGCAAGCUAUUGCGAGUAUGAUGAGGAAGAGAAUUACUAUGCCACUGCACCUCAUGUAUGAUGGGCAAGAUCCCAAUUUAUUUGAACACUUCUCCGCUAUUUUUCAAAAACAAGACGUUUAUACAUCUCGUCAUUAUGCUGAAAUAUUAGAAUUUUUCAUAACAAGAUGGGAAUUGGAAAAGCUUGAAGGAUUGACGGAGGAGGCGAAACGUGCACAAGAUUUUGUGUGCCAGCUUCCACGUAAGAUUAGGAGGUUGGAAUAUCGAGCUAAGAAAUUAGAGUCACGUCAGGUGAAGUUUAGUUGGAUUUUUAAUAAGUCAUUGAGUGUUUAG